AUGGCGAGAGGCCAGAAGUACAGGAAGACAGAGCAUCAGGAGCGAAGCCGCAAGUUGCAACCCCUCCACCCGAGUCCAGUGGUCCACCCUAUGCUUCGAGAUAUCGUAAAGGAUCCAUGGACCAUGAUCCAUCUUGUCAUCCUGAGACUUGAGCCCCUGACCCAACCCAAGCUUGUCCCCUAUUUCAACCAGGGCUGCCGCAGUGACGGGUCGGUGUGGGGGCGGGGGCCGCGGCCCGCGGGGCCCCCCGCGUGGCCACUGAUAUUAGAGCUUGACACCGGUUCACGGAAAUACCCGGCGGGGGCCCGAUGGGUCGGACCGUGUCCCAUAGGCAUGCUCAGGCUCUUCUUGCGAGGGUUCAACUGCAGGACUUUCUGCAGCGAAGACGAACAGACCCUUCCAGGUCGAAUGGUUUUCUCGGAAUGGACGAGCAGGGGCCCAGGCCCCAGGGCGCAGCAGGGGUUUGAAGGCGCCUUCUGCUCUCCAUGUGAUCACGGUCUAUGCAUGGACAAAACUUUUGGGAGCGCUUACUGCGGGAAAUAUUGGGAUGCUGCUCUCAUCGACUCGAGACUCGACUCACUCGAGCCAUCCACACCCACGCAGCUAUCCCGAAAGAAAAGCCAUACCCACACCGCAUCAUGAUUCUUGCAGGCGUGUGCUCCAGAGUCGGGGAGUGUCCCCUUUCACCUAAG